UUGGGAACCAAGGGAAAGGAGCUUAAGGGCAUAUUUAUGUGCUGCUGUUCGUGCCUUUGAAAAUAUCUCAUUAAAAGGGUAGUUGAAAACCUUGAUGUAUUGUGUUUUGAGAACUGAAGAACUUGUUUUGCUUUCAUUAUAACUCACUGCUAUUUUUAGGAGUCUGGCUUCUCUGUGUCCAAAGUAACAAUCUGCUUUGUGUGUGGAGUUUUUUUGUUGUUAUUUGUUUUUGUUUUUCUCCUGCCAAAUAAGCCUGCCACAGUCUGAAGCAUUAGCAUAAAUGAAAGCUUUGAACAGAAUAAUGAAGGUAUUUUUGGAGCACAUGACUUUAUUGUGCACAUAGAAAAACACAUCACCAAUAUUUUUGUUCUGAUAAUGGCACCGAACAUGAAUUCCUGUUUUACAAGACUGACUUCUUGCACGGUGCUUGGGGAAUGGAGUUGUGCCUCUUGCUGAUUCUCCUAUGUGUUACAGAUGCUCCGUGUCUGUAGCCCAGGGACCCCUGUAUUCUGCGCUAGCUCCGGUACCAGCUCUUUGCCUGGGUAGCACUGACCUUGCCGAAUGCCCGAGGAGGGCGGCUUUUCAUCCUCCCAAUCUCUUUCCGUAUGGAUUGAAGGGAAGUAUUGGAUGAAUGAAUAUACUUCUUCUCUUGGAAUUGGAGUAUUCCAUUCAGGUAUAGAGGUGUAUGGCCGAGAAUUUGCUUAUGGUGGUCAUCCUUACCCCUUUUCUGGAAUAUUUGAAAUUUCGCCAGGAAAUGCUUCAGAGCUAGGAGAAACUUUUAAAUUUAAAGAGGCUGUGGUUCUAGGCAGUACUGACUUCAUGGAAGAUGAUGUAGAAAAAAUAAUAGAAGAGCUUGGAAAAGAAUUCAAAGGAAAUGCCUAUCAUCUAAUGCACAAAAACUGCAAUCACUUUUCGUCAGCUUUAUCUGAGAUCCUGUGCGGAAAAGAGAUUCCACGGUGGGUGAAUCGUCUCGCGUACUUCAGCUCCUGCAUCCCCUUCCUGCAGAGCUGUCUGCCCAAGGAAUGGCUGACGCCCGCAGCGCUGCAGUCCAGCGUGAGCCAGGAGCUGCACGAGGAGCUGGAGGAGGCCGAGGACGCGGCGGCGGCGGCCUCCUUGGCGAGCUCGGCAUCUGCAGCCAGAACUGGGCGCCACACCAAAUUAUAAGUCCUCCUCCAAAGUAACACUUAGGUUGAACUACUUCAGCUUAAUCUCUCUGGCAAUUGACUUCCUGACAGACCGUGAGAGCUGACUCUAGAACACUGUCCUUAUAUGCAAAAACAGCUCAGGAUUAUUUAUGUAGUGAAAAGAAUUGCUGAGAGAAAAGGGAAGGAUUUUGUGUGAAGCCACCCUUUUCAUUUUCACCUUUUUGGUAGGCCUGGGUUAACUUAACAUCUUGUAUAAAGCAGAACUUAAAUUAUUUGUUUACAGUAUUGUGUACUGCUGUUUACAAGUCCUGUAAGGACUCCUGCCAACAUGAAAGAAGAGAGAAUAUGACUUUGAUUAACUGCUGGUGUAACUCAAAGGCAGUGGUGUUAUGCCCUGGAUGAACUCUUCCCCUUGUUUUAAAGAUUAGAGGCAGGUGACCUUUAGAUUUCUGAAAAAUGCCAGAAACUGCUGAAUACUAUGUAUGUGAACAGGGUACUGUGCACUUAAAGUGGCUGAAGUAAACAGGUAGAUUCCAGGAUGUAGGGAGACUGACUUUUGUCUUAAGAUCUGUUACUAGAAGUAUGACCUCU